AACUACAGUUGUCCAUGUAGCUAGCUAAGAGAAAGGCUAGGCUAACUAAACGAUAGAGGAAGAUUGUGUUGAAGAUCUUAUCUUCCUUACAUCACCCGAUCCACAGAAGUCAUUGAGUCCAGAAUGACUUACAGGAGAGACAGGACUAUACGAGAGGCAUACGAUGACCGAUUUUUAGGGGAGAGACCCGCGGGUCCGUAUCCACGGGCAGCUGGAGCAGUGGAGAGGAGGGGCCCCUUUGGCAGGCCAGAGGACGACUACGGUCGCAGUGGGUAUGAGUACGAAGGAGGUCCACGCUUUUUCCCAAAUGGAGGAGGCCCACGAAGUUACCAUGAAGACCAGAGGGGCUACCAUAGUGACAGCCUUCAUUUCCCUGCUGAACGCAGAGCUGUUCCACCUUCAAGGAGGGAGGACUAUCCUUACAGAGGACCCAGGGAAGACCCACACACAGGACGGCCUUUGGAGUUUGGCACCCGUGCGCCACCUACUCAUAGUGUACGAAACCAGGGCAUCUACCCAGCGCCCCGAUCACUCCCAGAGAGCGGGGAAGACACACUAGUGCAAGCCAUCCUCAACCUGGACAGAGGGGAGGACAGAGACCACUACAGAAGAAAGGCAGCCCCGUUCCCUCCACUCAGAGACCGAUCCCCUGUGCGCCGUGAGGUUGCCCGCUCCCCCCACAGUCGCUCCGGCUCCAGUGUCAGCAGCAGAGGCUACUCACCAGACAGAGCCAAGAACCUGCCAUUUCCCUCCCAACAAGGCAAGAGUGUGGAUGGUCCAGAGGGCCACGCAGGUGUUUCUGAGCACCACUGGGGGGCGCUCUUUCCUCAACAGAGUGGACAUGACACUUUGGGGUAUGAAGAGACUUAUUCUCAGAGCAAGAUGACUGACAAAAUUCCUGGCCUGUCAAGAGAAGGCUCCCCACACAGUGCAACCUCAAACAAGGAGGAGAACCAUCCUCCAGAAGUAGAAAAGGAGGAGCCACUGGUGCCUCCAGCUGUGGAGGAGUGCCAGAAGUCGUCUAUAGACAACUUUCAAGAGCGACGUGCCCUGGCCAUCGCAGCCAAAGCUCAGGAGAUAGAGAAGGUGUACCGUCAGGACUGUGAGACAUUUGGCAUGGUGGUAAAGAUGCUGGUGGCUAAAGACGCCAACCUGGAGAAGCAACUGCAGGUUCCCCUCAGGGAGAACCUCGGGGAGAUCCGAGAACGCUGCCUUGAGGACCUCAAACACUUCAUCAGCGAGCUGGACGAGGCGGUUCGGCAGCCAGAGCCCUCCGUCUGUGACUCGACCACCCCAUCUACAGCCCUGACGGGUCAUAAACUUUCAAAGACAGGAGUCAAUCACAGCUCAUCUUACUGACACAUUGGCGUGAUCUUCUGUAUGCAAGACUGUGCAUGGUAGGAUUGACUGCGGAACAUGAUGGAUAUCUUGGAUACAUUUUGGAUUACUGGAUUGAACCUACGAACUCAACGUGGAGAGGAUGCAGUGGUGCAUUGUAUGUGGGAAUGAACAGUGUUAGUUUUUGAACAGACCAAUUAUACCUUCAAGUUGACUGUUGAAAGAUGUUAAUUAUAAAUAAAAGAUAAAAAGUUGUCCUCUGUCAAAUGUUGGUAAACAACUAAUUUUCCUUAUUUAAAAAGCGAACAGUCUCCCAUCAUUGUGGAAAUGGUUAACAUGCGUUUCAUUAUUUAACCUAUUUUGAUGAAAACGUGUUGAGAAUAGUCAGUUCUCCAGCAUGAUGACGCUUUUCCAGAAGAAAAGCCAGAAAAGGCAAGACGAUGUUUUCUUUUGUACUAUUUUCAGCUAUGUCGAAUAUUAUUUUGUAGCAGUCAGAUGUAUGACUUGGUGCUGCUAAAUUUACAGUUCUACAUUCUUGUAUAAAUGUGUACUGUCUAGAAAUGCCAGUUGCACAAUCUGAGAAGUCUCUGAAGGUUGUAGUAAACAUGAUUUCUGUUAA